CGCAGAGCUUCCAAAGUCUGGACUCCGUCCUGUCGCGAGCCAAAAUUUCUCUGCCACUAUUACUCGCCCCCCUCCCCGAAUCGUCAUCCGCAUCUCUGUUCCGCCCCCUCUUCCUUUUCCUCUUUUUUCCUGUCUCUUUCUUUGCUCAUCGUCGGGAGGCGGUCGGCUUGGAACCUCCACAUUAUGAACUCUUUAGUGCAAGCAGCGAGGAGCAAUCCUCAGAAUGCUCUUGUCAGAGCUUCCGCGCGAGCGGUCCAAACCCACAGCAGGGCGCCCGCAUACAGCCGGUUACUAUCUACAGAGCUCAGUGGCAACGCUGCGCUAGCAUUCUCACGACAACCAUCCGCAUUCCGAACCACCCCGCUGCGGUCGCAGUUCCUCCCCGAAGAUGUCCGCUUUAUCUCGAGCUCGAUGCAAUCGCGCUCCUUCCACAUGACGGCCCGACAGCUCCAGAAGCAGGAGACCGAAAAGCCCAAGUCCUCCGAGGAGACGAAGACCAAGGAAGCCGAGUCGGAGGCCAAAGACGAGUCCUCCGAGAAGAAGGAGGGCGAGGAGAAGACCGAGGGGAAAGAGGAAGGUCAAGAGGGCGAGCAGAAGCAAAAGAAGGAUGACGCGCCGCCCCCUCCGCCCCACGGCGACAAGACUCCAUGGGAGGUUUUCAGAGAGACGCUGCAGACCGAGUUCAGCAAGUCCAAGGAGUGGAACGAGUCGACAAAGGCUCUUUCUGGGGAAAUCCAGGAUUUCACCGAGAGCGAGAGGGUUCGCAAGGCCCGCGAGGCCUACGAGAAGUCGUCUGGUGCCAUUUCUUCCGCUGCAACCACCGCUGUUAAAACCACUGCUGGAGCAAUCGGCAAGGGUGCCGCCUGGACUUGGGACACUACCGCGAUGAAGGGCGUCCGCAAGGUCGCCAACGUCACGGGAGACGCCCUUGACAAGGCGACGAAGCCUAUCCGUGAGACCGAGGCAUAUAAGAACGUCAAAGAAGUCAUCGAUGAUGGCAGCAGCUCCCGCUACGGCGGUUGGGUUGAGAAGGAGGAACGUAGGAAGAAGCGUGAGGCCGAGGCGCUCAAGUCCGGCAAGCCCGAGAUCUUUGAGGAGGACCCCAAUGCCGGCACCAAUGUUACGAUUCACAAGGACGCUGCGUGGAAGGAGGCGUGGAGGGAUUUCAAGGACUCCAACAAGUUCGCCCAGGGUUUCUUCAGCGCCGGCAAGGUAUACCGCGAAUCCGACAAUCCCCUCAUCGAGACCGCACGACUGGUCACGGACAAGAUUGGAGGCUGGUUCGCCGAGAACGAGACCGCGCAGGUCAUCAAGAAGUUCCGCUCAAUGGAUCCCAACUUCCAGACGGAACCUUUCCUGAAGGAGCUCCGCGAAUACAUUCUGCCCGAGGUUCUCGAUGCCUACGUCAAGGGCGACAUCGAAACCCUGAAGCUCUGGCUGUCUGAGGCCCAGUACUCCGUAUACGAGGCUCUGACGAAGCAAUAUCUGACAGCCGGCCUGAAGUCGGACGGCAAGAUCCUCGAUAUCCGCCACGUCGACAUUGUCCGCGCACGCAUGCUCGAACCCGGUGAAAUCCCCGUCUUCGUCAUCACUUGCAGGACGCAGGAGGUCCACGUCUACCGCAAUGCCAAGUCUGGCGAGCUCGCGGCCGGCAUGGAGGACAAGGUGCAGUUGGUGACAUACGCCAUCGGCAUCACCCGCGUGCCGGAGGACGUCAGCAACCCCGAGACGAGAGGAUGGCGUCUCAUUGAGAUGCAGAAGAGUGGAAAGGACUACUACUAAGCUAACCAACCAUUGAGAACCACAGACGUGGCCCCUCUCCUCCUUUGGGAUGGGGCCUUGUCUUUCUCUUGACUGUAACCGCGAGGCAGGCUCGAGGAUAUUGGAUGAUGAACAGAAUAUCCCUCCCCUCGUUAAGAGAGAAAAAAAAACCCCUUUCAGCCGACAAAAAAAGUGUUUUAUUACUUGUACAAAAAAUAGAUCCGAGGGCAUAUGGGAACUGGCGAACAUUGGGCGAUGUUGCUACAAUG